AUGAAUGUUACUGAGGAUGACGUUUGUACAAGAAAGUGCUUAAUUUACCCAUUUCUGAUGCGAGGAGGAAAGCCUAUGCCACUGUUGGCGUGUACAAUGGCGAUUAUGUUCUGUACCUUUAACGGCUAUUUGCAAAGCAGAUACUUGAGCCAUUGGGCAGUGUAUGCUGAUGACUGGGUAACAGAUCCCCGUUUUCUAAUAGGUUUUGGCUUGUGGUUAACGGGUAUGUUGAUAAACAUCCAUUCAGAUCAUAUCCUAAGGAAUCUCAGAAAACCAGGAGACACUGGAUACAAAAUACCAAGGGGAGGCUUAUUUGAAUACGUAACUGCAGCCAACUAUUUUGGAGAAAUCAUAGAGUGGUGUGGCUAUGCCCUGGCCAGCUGGUCUGUCCAAGGCGCAGCUUUUGCUUUCUUCACAUUUUGUUUUUUAUCUGGUAGAGCAAAAGAGCAUCAUCAGUGGUACCUCCAGAAAUUUGAAGAGUAUCCAAAGUUCAGAAAAAUUCUAAUUCCAUUUUUGUUUUAAGUGCAUUUUCAACGAAAUUAUCUUCAAGUUGAAGCUUUCCAAUGGUGUUUCUCUAGGGACUUUGUAAAUAAGUUAUAUCUUUGUAAUUUUCCUGCUACUUCAUCAUUUUCAAGAUGUCCUCUAGAAAUAUUUUUUCUAGUAAUUUUGCAAGCUACCUAAUAAGUACUUAAAUAAACUGAAAUGAAGGUUGAAGUAUCCUACUGUGUAACAGAUCAGAAUUUCAAACUCCAGGUAAUAACUGCUGACAUUUGUUCGAAUUUCGAAUUUGCCUCUUUUGGCUAUGUCUUGCCAAGUGUGUCUAAGACUAGAGUUUACAACUGUCUUUGAUGGCAUUUUCAGAACAAUAAAUGUCACAAUCCCUUCUAUAGCCCCCUACAGUGAUCCCUUCAAGGUCAACAGCAGUGUUGCUUUCCCCCUGUAGGGCUGGGAUAUGUCUUGGAGCCCUCUCUCGGAGGCCACAGAGGCCGGGGGUAGCCAUUGUGCAGUCAUGGCCCAGGGGAAACUUGCCAACCUUCAUUGUCAGGUGCUGUGUGUAAGUGGAGAACUUGGGGAUAGAGGAGGAAGCUCCUUGUGGCUCUUCCAAGGCGGGGCAAAGGCAUCUGGACUUGUUCCAGCCCAGCCCCCCAGGUGACAUCACCAGGCAGGGAGGGGUGCUGGUGGUGGUUUAGACUGAGUAAGUUGCUUUGCCGUGCAAGUGGCUCCUGGGCCCUAAACAGGCACCUUUAGGCCAUGGGUCACUCACCAUGAGCCAUCAAUAUGCUCUGGUCUGACAUGGUUUCUCUUUGUCCUCUAGUCUAGACCUAGUUUUUUGUUCUGUUCUCCACGUAUGGAUAUAGUAGAGAUUAUUGUCUGUGAAAUUUCUCCUUUGUGGAUUUUGAGUUUUCCGUUGUAGUGUAAAGAAUGAUUACCUUCUGUAACAAUAAAAAGACCACUUUUUAAGAUUUAUCCUGUUCUUUGUCGAUUGAAACAUAAUAAUUAUAUUGUUAAGAUUCUCUACAGCCUUCUUUUUCUUCCAUAGCUAAUCUUCUUCUAAUUGUUUUUUGCUUUCUGUUUUGCUGUUGCUGCUUUGCAAAGCUUUUCCCUCAUAGCCUGUACCUGUUAUCAGUAUAAAAUAAUCUUCCUGUUGAAUGCUUCAUGACUUGAAUUCUACUUUGAUGAAAACAUUGCCAUACUGCUUUUUAUCUUGAUGAAUUCAUCUGGCAUUUCUUUGCUUUAUCGUCUCAUCUGGAGUUUUUAAAUGCCAUUUGUUUUAGUUGUCUUUAACAACAUAAUAAAUAGACUUUGCCAUUUAA